AUGGCUGCCCUUCGGCCUCUAGUGAAGCCCAAGAUCGUCAAAAAGAGGACCAAGAUGUUCAUCAGGCACCAGAAACCCAGAGGCAUUGACAACAGGGUGCGGAGAACAUUCAAGGGCCAGAUGCUGAUGCCCAACAUUGGUUACGGGAGUAACAAGAAAACCAAGCACAUGCUGCCUAGCGGCUUCCGGAAGUUUCUGGUCCACAAUGUCAAGGAGCUGGAAGUGCUGCUGAUGUGCAGCAAAUCUUACUGUGCUGAGAUUGCUCACAAUGUGUCCUCUAAGAACCGAAAAGCCAUCUUAGAAAGAGCAGCACAGCUGUCCAUCAGAGUCACCAAUCCCAACGACAGGCUACGCAGCAAAGAGAAUGAAUAG